CCUGCGCCCCGCGCCCCUCCCCCGCGUGGGCCCCGCAGUGCGCCCGCGCGCCCUCUCCUCGCCGUGCGCGGCCCCGAGCCGAGCUCCCAGCGGCGCCGACCCCCACCCGCCUGCCGGGGAGGGCGGUGUCUAGACCCGGGGAUGGGUCCAGCGCGCGGAGACUGGGCCGCGGACCCAAGAUCUGGCUGGGGAGAAGGGACCACCCCGCAGUUGCUGCGGUGGCUGUGAGGCCUGGGGGUUGGGUGAGGGGCGAGGGCUGGGCCGGGUGGCAGCCGGUGCCGCCCCUCCCCCGGCCGGGAGACCCCAGGGCCAGGGCCGGCUCCUCCUCUUUGCAAUAACGUUCGCUCUUCUACUGCAGCGAGCUGGGCACAGAGAGGCGCCCUAGGACGUGGCCGCCCUGCCCCGGCCUCCCGCAGGCCACGCCAGCCCCCCUGGCCCUUGGGGGGCCCCUGGUCAGAAGUGCCCCCGGCCUCCUGGGAGGUCAGGGCCGUGGUGGGCCUGGGCCAGCCCUGAGGGCGUCCUAGGACGUGGCCGCCCUGCCCUGCCCAGGGUGGCCGGCAGUGCCCAGAGCUGGGCCUCCCUGUGGGGCUGGGUCAGGGAGGGAGCCCCAGCCGCCCCCCGCCCCGCCCCGCCCGUCCUGCAUCCAUGCAGGCCUGGUCCCAGCCUGGGUUCUGGGUGAGGAGCAUGGGCCUUGCGCUGCCCCUGGAGCUCCCCUGCCCGCCCUCCAGGCCCCCCAGGAGUGGCCCCCUGGCCCUGGAGCCCAGGGGUAGGCUCUGGGGGGCGGGGGUCUCCCAUUGAGGCAGGGGACCCACCUAUGCGCCUGGGUCUGUGGGAGUCAGGGCUGCUCCUGGGGCAGGCCAGCUGGUGGGGGGAGGGGCAGGGGAUGCCCAGAGUGAGCUGGCCCUGCGCCCCUCCCCCCACCCUGUCUCUGCUUUCCUGUUUUUAUUUUUUGGAGCAACCUGGCGGAAACAGAUGCGGUGCUGGGGACCGCGGGCCCCAGGCCAGAAGGGUGCCACUUCCCCACCAGCUGCUUCCCUCUGGCCUGUGAGGCUCCGGCCCCUCGCCUGGCCCUGGGGGGUCCUCCUGGGAGAGGUCGUGUCCAGAGGGGCCCCUGCCCCAGCCUGGAGCUCGCCAGGCUGCCCAGCAACGCCCCAGCUGUCGGGAUGGGAGGCCUGGCGCCGUGGCCGGGCUCCCUCCGGGGCUCCUUGUCCCCCGGCUGUGGGUCGGGGUGCCCCAACCCCCUGCGUGGGGUCAGCCGUCUGGAAUCCAGGCCCCGCUGUCCCCGGCGGCUUUGCUGGGCAGCUCCGGCACCAGGCCUGCGGUGGGAAGGGGGCGGCGCUCGGCUCUCCCCGGAACUGCACUUGGAACACCGGGGGCGAGGCAGUGGGCGCCCCGGCCAGGAGCUCGGGAACCCCAGGCCCUGCGCCCCCAUCUGCAGCCGAGGGUCCCAGGGAAGACCUGGGGACCCCCAGAGCGUCGCCCCUGGGCCCACCCUGCGUCUGCCUCAGUGUAGCAGGUGCACAGGAUCCGCCUGCACAAUUCUCUCACCUCCCAGACUGAAACCGGGCGCAGGCAGCACCCCCCCGCCCCGCCCGCCGUCUGCGCUGGGCAGCUGUGGGGACCUGGGGCGGGGGGGCCCUUGUGCUCUGCCCGCUGUCUCGUGUGACGUUCCCAUGGCUGUGCCCUGCGCCAGACUCAGGAAAUGCCUUUUUUUUAAAGACCUAUUUAUUUAUUUAUUUGAAAGCAGAGAGGGAGUCUGGUUCACUCCCAAAAUGGCCGCACGGCCGGAGCUGAGCCGAUCCAGAGCCAGGAGCCAGGAGCCUCUUCCGGGUCCCCGUGUGGGUGCAGGGCCCAAGCACUUGGUCCAUCUUCCGCUGCCUCCCCAGGCCACAGCAGAGAGCCGGGGCGGAAGUGGAGCAGCCAGGACUUGAGCCGAUGCCUGAAUGGGACGCCGGCGCUGCAGGCGGCUGCUUUACCCGCUACGCCCACCCCGGGGUUCCGCCUUUUUAGGGCCGAGUGCUGCUCCGUGGCUCAGAGGGACCCUGCCGCUCCUGCGCCCCCACCCACUGGCUGCUUGGGCUCCUCCGCCCCUGGCUGAGCGCCUGGGGUUGGGGUCCCGGUCCCGUCCUCCGGGCUCAGCCUGCAGUGGGCAGGCCAGGGCCCUGCUGGGAUGGGCGUGUGGCACAGCGGCUGAGCUGCCUCUUGGGGCACCCGCUUCUCGUGGCCGAGUGCCGGUUCGAGUCCAGGCCGCUCCACUUCCGCUCCAGCUCCCUGCUCAUGCGCACCCUGGGAGGCAGCGGGUGACGGCCCCAGUGCUUGGGCCCCUGCCACCCACACGGAGACCUGGACGGAGCCCCAGGCUCCCCGCUCUGGCCUGGCCCAGCCCUGGCUGUUGUGGGCAUUGGGCAUCUCUGCCUUUCCAAUAAAAACUGGAAACAUCCGUGUGUGAAAGGACGCGGCCGGGGCCUGUCUGGGGGAGGACCCCGCCUGCCGGCCACCCCCAUGAGAACUGCAGGUGUGUGGGGGGAGCCGGGAGGGGCGCUGGCCCUGAGACCCCCGGUGCUUCCUCAUGCACCCCCACCCCUGCAGGGUCGGCUGCCCAGCCUCAGGGUCAAGUGCGCCCUCCUGGUCUGGCUGGGCAUCUUCGCGGGCAGCUGGCUGGCCUAUGUGCACUACACGUCCUACUCGGAGCUCUGCCGUGGCCACGUGUGCCAGGCCGUCAUCUGUGAGCAGUACCGUAAGGGCAUCAUCUCGGGCUCCAUCUGCCAGGACCUGUGCGAGCUGGGCAAGGUGGAGUGGAGGACCUGCCUCUCCGUGGCCCCGGGCCGGCAGGUGUACAGCGGCCUCUGGCAGGACAAGGAGGUGACCAUCAAGUGUGGCAUCAAGGAGGCCCUGGACGGCCAGGCCCAGUCGGACGCGGCGCCGCGGCGGGAGCGGGCGCUCUUCGACAAGCCCACCCGCGGCACCUCCAUGAAGGAGUUCCGGGACAUGACCCUCAGCUUCCUCAAGGCGACCCUGGGGGACCUGCCCUCCCUGCCCGCGCUGGUGGGCCAGGUGCUGCUCAUGGCCGACUUCAACAAGGACAGCCGCGUGUCCCUGGCCGAGGCCAAGUCCGUGUGGGCCCUGCUGCAGCGCCACGAGUUCCUGCUGCUGCUCUCGCUGCAGGGCAAGGAGCACGCGGCGCGGCUGCUGGGCCACUGCGGGGACCUGUACCUCACCGAGGGCGCCCCCCGCGGCCCCGGGCCCGCCGCCGCCCUGCUGCCCCCCGCCCUGCAGCGCUGGCUGGGGCCCGCGUGGCCCUGGCGCGCCAAGAUCGCCGUCGGCCUGCUCGAGUUCGUGGAGGAGCUCUUCCACGGCGCCUACGGGACCUUCUACAUGUGCGAGACCACGCUGGCCAACGUGGGCUACACGGCCACCUACGACUUCAAGAUGGCCGACCUGCAGCACGUGGCGCCCGAGGCGGCCGUGCGCCGCUUCCUGCAGGGCCGGCGCUGCGCGCAGAGCGCGGACUGCACGUACGGGCGCGACUGCAGGGCGCCCUGCGACCGGCUCCUGCGCCAGUGCAAGGGCGACCUCAUCCAGCCCAACCUGGCCAAGGUGUGCGCGCUGCUGCGCGACUUCCUGCUGCCCGGCGCGCCCGCCGACCUGCGCGAGGAGCUGGGCCGCCAGCUGCGCGCCUGCAGCACGCUCAGCGGCCUGGCCAGCCAGGUGGAGGCGCACCACGCGCUGGUGCUGCGCCAGCUCAAGGCGCUGCUCUGGGCGCGCAUCUCACACACCAAGUACUCCUGAGGGCGGGCCGCGUGCCCGGAACGCGCCGCCCACGAAGCGCUGACGCCCCCCGCCCCGGCCGGGCUGAAGGUGGGCUCCAGGCCAGCGCCGCGGCCCGCCCCAGGGGACAGCACUCGGACACCCGUGCCACCAGGCGCCUUUAUUGCGUUCCGCCGAGUCCAUCGGCUCCGUCCAACCCCGUGUCCAGGCUCCGGCGUCGCUCGCCGUCCUCCGGCCGCACCUGCGAAGUGGACAGGGCUGGAGGCGGCCGGGCCGCGCCCCCCGUCCCGCCGGGGCCCGCCCCGCUCGUGUCAGGCUGCAAACCAUUCUGAGCGCCCACGGUCUCCGGGCACCGAGCGUAGAAACAGCCACUUGCUCUCUGCCCGCGGCCACGCACAGCUCCGCGGCCGCUCCCGCGGCGGUGCCGGGCCAGGCCGAGCCCGCGGGCAGCGCCCCCCGCCCCGCUGCAGGGACGGGAUGCCCAGCCCCUCGAGGGGGGGUCACGGCCCAGCCCCCGGGCCCCGAGCCUCACCUGGAGCCGGCGGCAGGCCACGCUCGUCCUCACGGCCCCGGCGCGGGGGCCCAUCACGCACUCCGCAGCGAGCCGGCCGCCCCGCCUUCACGUCGGGAGCGUCCCACGCCGCCUUCCUGGGCCGGACAAGUGGAGGUGAGGGCGGCGCGCGCAGCACCGGGCCCGACCCCCACCCCGUCCGGCCCCACGCCGGGACCCCCGCGGUCAGCCGGGGGCGGGGUCCGAGCGGCCGCGCGGGGCCCGGCUGAGACCACGAAGCCCCCGACGCCUCGGCGCCUGCGCGCCGUGUCCGGCUACUAAUCAUUCGGGCGCUCACGGGCCAGAGCGCCGAGCGUAGACAUAGCCGCGUCCUCUCCGCCACCUGCUGACACAGGCGGGGCACGCCAGCCGCGCCUGCAACGCCUCGAGGGGCAGCCGCCCACCGGGACCCCCGCGCCGCGGCCUCACCCGACUUCCGCGCCCUCCCGGGGCGCGCCGCGGCAGCCCCGAGCCCAGCGGGCCAGGCGGGAGGCCAGGCGGCCGGGGCCAGCCCGCAGCCGCGUCCCCUGCCCGCCGCCAUGGCCGCCGGAAAGGACGGAACGGCGCCGCGGCGCAGCCUUUAUAGCGCGUACGGCGGCCCACGAGGGCCAAGAGACGCCGCCCCGCGCCCGCCGCCGCCGCAGCGCCCUCUAGCGCUGAGCUCCGGCGAGGCACGCGGGGCGAUCCGGGCCGCGCUGGCUCUGCCCCCACCGACCCCGGGCUGCGCGCGACCCCGAGCCAGAGUCUGGUUCCCCCGCGGGGGCUCUCAGCGCGCCCGCCCUCGUGGGUCGGUCCCCGCAGAGGCCGUGGCCCCUCUCCUGGCAGCCAGGUGGGGUGGGGGUGUCCCGUCUGCUCUGCCCACCGCUGGGGUUUGUCUCCGCCGAGCUGAGAUUUGAACCUGGACCCCAGUUCUGACCCGGGGAAUGGCGAGUCUGUUGCAGAGGGACCCCUGCCCUGCCCCAGGGACGACCAAGGUGGGAGGCCUCUCCCUGGAGCCGGUGAUAGAGGGGCAGGGGCUUUGCAGAAACAGAAACCCCUCCCCCAGCCCAAGACCCCAGGGACUCCAACUGUGAGUGCUGGGCGUGUCUCAGGGCCUCAAAAAAAAAAAUCUGUGCUUGGUGCCGGCGUCCCAUAGGGCGUCAGUCCAAGCCCUGGCUGCCCCACUUCCGGUCCAGCUCCCUGCUGAUGGCCUGGGAAAGCUGCUUGGGCCCCUGCACCCGCGUGGGAGACCUGGAGGAAGCGCCUGGCUCCUGGCUCCUGGCUGGCCCAGCUCUGGCCAGUGUAGCCCUGUGGGGAGGGAACGAGAUGACGCAAGAUUCUGUCUUUCCCUCUCUCUGCAACUCUGCCUAUAAAAUAAAAUGCAUCUUAAAAAAUGUG